GUCAGUGGGAGGAAGGACGGCUCACGAGGCAGACGCUUUGGAAGGGGCAGGUCAGGCAGCCCCCAGCAAUGCCCCUGCCCUGUGCCUGAGGACAGCAUGGAGCUGAGAGUCACCCUCCUGUUGCUACUCUGCUGUACAGGUCUCCAAGCCGAAACGCCUGAAGCUGAGAUGAGCCAACAGGAAGGAAGCACGUUCUCUAUCCAGUGUCCUUACACAACACAGCCUGAAAACGAGCAACUGAAAGCCUGGUGCCGCAUGAGAAAUGAACGAUGUCAGCUUGAAGUGCUGACGCUUGACUCAGUGCAGUAUAGGUAUUCAGACAGGGCCAUGCAGGGCCACAUUACAAUAAAGGAUUACAACAGGACUGUAUCUAUCACCAUGUCUGACCUCCAGGCAGAGGACUCAGGGAUAUAUUCCUGUGUGUAUAGCAACAACUAUGUUCCAUUAAAGACCAUCUCGCUGAAUGUUUACAAGGAGUUACACAAGUGGGAGCUGGACAGCCUCUCCGUGCAGUGCCCGUACGGGGCCCUGGGCUACAGCUGGGGAAGAAAAGCCUGGUGCCGACAAGGUCAGGCUCAGUGUUCACUAGUAGUGAGCACAGUUUACCCUUCCACAUGGGGCAGCAAUGGAGCCCGGAACAAAAGCAGCUCAAUCCAGGAUGAUACCCGGACAAGGACUGUUACCAUCACCAUGGACAAGCUGCAGGUACAGGACUCUGGUGUGUACUGGUGUGCACUGUACAACCCCAAUCAACGCCCUGCAUUCAUCCGGAUAAUGGAGGUCAGGCUCUCUGUGGACAAGAGUCUCCCAGCCCAAACAGCCGAAGCUGAGAUAAGCCAACAGGAAGGAAGCACGUUCUCUAUCCAGUGUCCUUACACAACACAGCCUGAAAAUGAGCAACUGAAAGCCUGGUGCCGCAUGAGAAACGCACGAUGUCAGCUUGUAGCAUGGACACUUGCCUCAAUGCAGUAUAUAUAUUCAGACAGGGCCAGGCAGGGCCACCUUACAAUACAGGAUGACAACAGGACUGUGUCCAUCACCAUGUCUGACCUCCAGGCAGAGGACUCAGGGAUAUAUUCCUGUGUGUAUAGCAGCAACUAUGUUCCAUUAAAGACCAUCUCGCUGAAUGUUUACAAGGAGUUACACAAGUGGGAGCUGGACAGCCUCUCCGUGCAGUGCCCGUACGGGGCCCUGGGCUACAGCUGGGGAAGAAAAGCCUGGUGCCGACAAGGUCAGGCUCAGUGUUCACUAGUAGUGAGCACAGUUUACUCUCCUAAAUGGGGCAGUAAUGGAGCCCGGAACAAAAGCAGCUCAAUCCAGGAUGAUACCCGGACAAGGACUGUUACCAUCACCAUGGACAAGCUGCAGGUACAGGACUCUGGUGUGUACUGGUGUGCACUGUACAACCCCAAUCAACGCCCUGCAUUCAUCCGGAUAAUGGAGGUCAGGCUCUCUGUGGACAAGAUACCAGCUGCAACAACUUUGUCAGUUACUACAAGCUCAAGUCAGAAAAACUCUUCUGGCAACAGCACACAACCACGGAACACCAUCACAAUCUCUGUGGUUCUGUGUAUCCUGCUCAUCCUGGCAUUCACCAUCACAACAGCACUGUGCAUCAGGCAGCGCAAGAAGCUGAAGACAGGAGGUAAUAGACAAGCAGAGGACAUCUAUGACAAACCAGAGAGCCCAGCACAGCUUGAGAGCACUGAAAACAUGGGAAGAACUACAGAUGACAGCAGAGACCUAAAUUACAUUACCCUGGACUUUAAACCCCGACUCAGCUCUGAUGAACCUCUCUACUGUAAUGUUGAACCAAGUCAGGCUCCCAGGAAACCCGAAGAUGAAAAUGUGGAAUAUGCUAUCAUUACACACAAGCAGUUACCAAAGAAUGACAAAGGAUGAAGCAGAGAAUCCUAAAACAAUCCAGACAUGGGAGGACUGCAAUAUAAGGUGGAAGUGGAGAAUAGUACACGGACACUGGGGAAAUAAUUAAGGUUUUGCUGUCACAUUUACAUUGCCUAUGCUUUUUAAGACCUCCCUCCUAUUAGAAAUCUGUCACAAGUGUGCAGAUCUGCUUAGGUCAGAGAGGUGCUUGGUAACUCUCAGGAUGGACUGCACAUUUGCUUUUUUGAUUCUAUUAAAAUGUAGCCUCUCUGGGAGAGGCAGGUGUGGAGGACUCUCA